UUACGAAAAACAAUUAAUACAUUGUUAUUUUAUAUCGGUGUUUAUUUGGCUGCUCAUAUUUCAACUACAUAAAACUUCACUAAAUUGUCAAAACUAAAAUCUUUGUUCAUCAUGUAUAGGAAUGAUGUUACCAGCUUCUACUUUUAGUUAAUACAUAAAAAAUAUGGUUCUAUGUACUUCUAAAUCUGAUGAUUUAAUUUUUGAGAUCUGUGUACAGUGGUAGAAGUGUUUGUGUGAAAUAUUGAAGGAGGCGGGUAACCUAAACAUGGCAGACCAACCGCAAAGUUAUACGAGAGGAAUCGAGUUUGUAGGACCCGGCUCGGUGGGCACGAUGUUCCGCAGCGAGGAGAUGGUCCUGUGCCAGCUGUUCGUUCAGCCGGAGGCCGCAUACGUCUCCAUGUACGAGCUGGGCGAAGCUGGCAUCGCGCAGUUUAGAGACCUAAACCCUCAUGUCAACGAUUUCCAACGCCGCUACGUAACGGAAGUGAGACGCUGCAGUGAAAUGGAACGCAAACUGCGCUGGGUGAGCGGCGAGCUGCCGGAGCCGCCACCUCCGCCGAAACCUUCGCCUAGAGUACUCACGCCCAGGGAAAUUAAUAUACUGGAGGAGAGAAUAGACUACAUAGAAUCCGAAAUACAAGAGAUAACCAAAAACGCACAGAACCUAAAAACCGAUUACCUUGCCCUAAUUGAAUUGAAGAUUCUUAUAGAAAAGACGCAGACCUUCUUCCAAGACCACAGUGCGCACAGAAAGAUAUCUGCCUCCGUUCAGAUUUAUAACAAUGAGGGUGCGAUAGGACAUCUCGGGUUCAUUGCUGGUGUUGUGGCGACUCCGCGAGUUCCUUCGUUCGAGAGGAUGCUGUGGAGGAUCUCCCACGGCAACAUCUUCUUCAAGCAAGCCCAGAUUGACGAGCCAUUAAAAGACCCAGUGACAGGGCACGAGCUACAAAAGACAGUAUUCGUGGUGUUCUUCCACGGGGAGCAAAUCAAGCUGCGGGUUAAGAAGGUGUGCCACGGGUUCCAAGCCACUCCAUAUCCCUGCCCUGCCACUUACAAGGAGCAGCAGGAAAUGCUCGCGGGCAUAUCAACCAGAAUUAAGGAUUUGGAAAUGGUGUUGGAACAAACGGAGAAUCAUCGCAGGCUAGUCCUCACCAACAUAGCGAGAGACAUCAGCACGUGGAUGGUAGCGGUGCGGAAGGAGAAGGCCAUCUACCACACGCUCAACAUGUUCAGCAUGGACAUAGUGAAGAAGUGUCUCAUCGCCGAGUGCUGGGUGCCACGGCAAGACCUGCAUAUAUUGCAGAAUGCGCUGGAUAAUGGUGUGAAAGCCAGUGGUAGUCCAAUUCCUUCAUUUCUGCACCACGUGCCAACGAGAGAGAUUCCGCCCACGUUCAACCGCACCAACAAGUUCACUCGAGGUUUCCAGACCCUCAUUGAUUCCUAUGGAAUUGCUAGCUAUAGAGAAGUAAAUCCAGCACUGUACACAAUCAUUACAUUCCCAUUCCUCUUCGCGGUCAUGUUCGGCGACAUAGGCCACGGCAUCAUCAUGACAGUGUUCGCCGCCAUUUUGGUGAUCUUCGAGAAAAAGUUCGCCAAAACCAAAACUGACAACGAAAUAUGGAACAUAUUCUUUGGAGGCCGCUACAUUAUACUUCUAAUGGGCAUAUUCUCCAUGUACACGGGCCUAAUAUACAAUGAUAUGUUUUCGAAGUCACUGAAUUUAUUUGGUAGUAGCUGGAGCAAUGUGUACGAUGAACAUACGUUGAAUUCUUCAUCUGAUUUUGACUUGGAUCCAAAAGUUGCUUAUAGUGGAACACCUUAUCCAAUGGGAUUGGAUCCUGCUUGGCAGUUCGCGGGCAACAACAUUAUAUUUCUGAACUCUUUCAAGAUGAAGCUGUCUAUAAUCUUUGGAGUGCUACACAUGGCGUUUGGGGUAACAUUGAGUGUGGUAAACUUCAAUUUCUUCAAAAAACCCGAGAUGAUCCUGCUACAGUAUAUCCCACAAGUUCUGUUCUUACUGCUGCUCUUCUGGUAUCUUUGCAUACUCAUGCUAAUGAAGUGGUGGAUGUACUCCGCUGAGGCGACAGAUCCAGCGCUAGGAACGUCAUGCGCCCCUUCAGUGCUGAUCAUCUUCAUAAACAUGAUGCUGCUCAAAGGGGCCAAGGACAAGGAGCCGUGCAAAGCCAUGAUGUACGACGGUCAGGAUACGAUACAGAAAGUGUUCUUGGCUGUCGCUUUCCUGUGCAUACCGGUCAUGCUGUUCGGGAAACCAGUUUAUCAACUCAUGGCUGCAAAGAAAAAUAGACGAUACCAACAAGGCGUGGAAAGUGGAGAAGUUGUUGAGGAAGGUCACGGCGACGGGUUCGGUGAACUGAUGAUCGUGCAGGGUAUCCACACCAUUGAAUACGUGCUGGGCUGCGUCUCGCACACUGCCUCGUAUUUACGACUCUGGGCAUUGUCUUUGGCCCAUGCUCAACUCUCAGCAGUAUUAUGGCAGAGGCUGCUCAAGAUGGGUCUCGGUGCAGGAAGUCCGACGAACGCGAUUGUGCUGUACGUGAUCUUCGCGAUGUGGGCCUUCUUCACGCUGGCCAUCCUGGUUCUGAUGGAAGGGCUGUCGGCUUUCUUGCACACCUUGAGAUUGCAUUGGGUGGAAUUCAUGAGUAAAUUCUACGACGGUCAAGGCUACGCGUUCUUUCCGUUCUCUUUCUCAGCGAUCCUCGAAAACGACGAGGAUGAUGUUAAAGACAAGCCGAAUCCUAACGGUGGGCCACCCGAGUGACAUUACUUCACGGGCAAAUUCCAACUCUAUGACUAUGAAAAUUCUUUGGAAGUGAGACGAAUUUGGCAUGCGGGGCCUAUCUCUUGAGAAAAAAUAUGUCUUAGAAGUCACAGAAACUGCCUUGUAAAGUUAAAUUACAAAUAUGAUUAUAUUAAAAAAAAGUUAUCUUUAAGUGAAUGUUAUGUAAAGCGCAUAAAAAAAUGCUUGUUGUAUUUCUUACAGUACAAAUAAAUAUAGCAGUUUAUACUCUCUCGCUGCCACCCUGCGCUGCGCUGCGUUGAUACUAUGUUUUUAAAUACUUUUAUAUGUAAAGGCAUGAGACACGAUUAAACUGCUCCUUUUUAAUAGCUACUGAAAAUAAAAAUUUAACCCCACAGCAGGCGGUUCAAUAAUAUUUUAUUUAUUUAUAAUACUUAUCAAUGAAUGUCAUAUUUUUGCACAUUACUGUAUUAGUCUAAAGUUUUGACUUGAUAAAAACAACUUUACAGGCUGACCUAGUUGAAUUUGUAGAUCUGUCAGCACUAUCCCUUUCUUAAUAAGUUUCAUAGACAAUAUAGCGCAAACAUGAGUUAUUACUGAAAACGCCAAUUAAUUAUAAGCCUUGUUCCUUUGAAUUAAGGUUUUUAAAAACUAUAUCAACAAACUCGCCCUAUUUCGGUUUCUAUUCUCGGUUGCCAACAUGACGUGUUGCAAGCAACCAAUAGCGAACUAAGAUUUUCCGCGCGUAAUUGUAUUGCGUUAUAAUUGGCUAAAAUAUUUUGGCACCUAAAAAAUAAACUAUUACUGUAAUUUAAAAAAAGGCUCAGUUGCUUAGUCCUAAACAAAGUCAGUAAAAUUAUCUAAUUUCGAUAUUUUAGUAAAAUGUUAUAAUUUUUACAUUUAGUAAUGUUUUAUAAUCUUGUACCUAUA